GUGGCCCCAACAUCUACACCCGUGAUGCCGCCAACACAGACGCCUGUGGCACCAACGCCGGCACCGACCCCUUUUUCUCCAACGCCAAACCCGGUGUGGCCCCAACACCUACCCCUGUGAUGCCGCUAACACCGACGCCGGAAUCGACCCCUGUCUCUCCACCUCCAAGUCCGGUGGCCCCAACACCGACCCCCAUGUUGUUCCGACGCCAGCACCAACCCCUGUCUCUCCAACGCCAACCCUGGUGAACCCCAACACCGGCCCCUGUGAUGCCGCCAACACCAACAUCGGUGACUCCGAUGCCAGCACCGACCCCCGUUUCUCCAACGCCAACCCCGGUGGCCCCAACACCGACUCCUAUGAUGCCGCCACCACCGACCCCUAUGACUCCGAUGCCAGCACCAACCCCUGUCUCUCCAACGCCAAUCCUGGUGGCCCCAACAGCGACCCCCGUGAUGUCGCCAGCCCCCACCCCUGUGACUCCGACGCCACCCCCAGCCACGGUCCCAGCGCCGGCUACAUCGACCUGCAAGUGCCCCGUGGACACACUAAAGCUGCUUGCGUGCGUGGACGUGUUCAAUGGGCUGUUGCACGCGGUGAUCGGCAGUAGCGCCAGCAAUACAUGCUGCCCGCUGCUGUCUGGCGUUGCCGACCUCGACGCUGCUCUCUGCAUUUGCACCACCAUUAAGGUCAAGGCCCUCAACAUCAACCUAUUGCUGCCCAUCGCCAUCGAGGUGCUCGUCAACCAGUCCGGCAAGAGAGUGCCGAAAGACUUCCGCUGCCCUACAACCCCUGUCUCUCCAACGCCAACCCCGGUGGCCCCAACACCGGCCCCUGUGAUGCCGCCAACACCAACAUCGGCGACUCCGAUGCCAGCACCGACCCCCGUUUCUCCAACGCCAACCCCGGUGGCCCCAACACCGACUCCUAUGAUGCCGCCACCACCGACCCCUGUGACUCCGAUGCCAGCACCAACCCCUGUCUCUCCAACGCCAAUCCCGGUGGCCCCAAUAUCGACCCCCGUGAUGCCGCCAGCACCCACCCCUGUGACUCCGACGCCACCCCCAGCCCCGGCCGCAGCGCCGGCUACAUCGACCGGCAAGUGCCCCGUGGACACACUAAAGCUGCGUGCGUGCGUGGACGUGCUCAAUGGGCUGUUGCACACGGUGAUCGGCAGUAGCGCCAGCAAUACAUGCUGCCCGCUGCUGUCCGGCGUUGCCGACCUCGACGCUGCUCUCUGCCUUUGCACCACCAUCAAGGUCAAGGCCCUCAACAUCAACCUCAUGCUGCCCAUCGCCAUCGAGGUGCUCGUCAACCAGUGCGGCAAGAGAGUGCCGAAAGACUUCCGCUGCCCUAAUUAAGCUCCAUCGAUUACUAUAUGUACUAUCAUUAUCACCUGCAUAUGAAUGAGAUACAUGCAUUAAAUUCUCUUGUGUGGUCACACAGGUGACAUAUCGAAGUGUAAUAAUCUAUAUGUACAUGGAUUUGCAGCUCUGACUCGCUACUUGUGACGGGGAGCUGUGGAGCAUGCAUACAUUGUCUUUGUGUAACAGCGUAUCAUAUAGUAACCGGAUAACAUGUUACCAAUUGUGGUCUUCCAUCGGUUUUGUAGUGUGUGUUUUCUUGUUGAAAAACUAUGAAUAAAAUGUCCGUACUGUGUAAAAGAAGUUUUCACAUCCACUUGUAACCCAUACCAACAUACUUGUUGAACCAUACGCUUUACAGGAUGCGGA